AUGCCACCAAAGAAGAAGCAACAGCAAAAGCAAGAGGGGAAGAAGAAGGAUAACGUGGACAAAACCUUCGGUAUGAAGAAUAAGAAUAGAUCCACGAAAGUACAGAAAUAUAUUAAACAAGUACAAUCUACUUCUAUGGAUCCUAAAAAGGAGGAAAUGAGACAGAAAAAAUUAGAAGAGAAACGUCUUAAAGAAGCUGCUGAAGCUGAAAAAAGAGCUUUGUUUAAUCCAGCUAUGGAUCAACGUAUUAGAGCUGGUGUAGAUCCUAAGACUGUCCUUUGUGUAAUGUUUAAGAUGGGGAAUUGUAAUAAGGGGAAGAAUUGUAAAUUCUCUCAUGAUUUGAAUGUGGGUAGAAGAGUUGAGAAGAAGGAUUUAUAUCAAGAUGUUAGAAAUGAAAAGGAAAAUGAUACUAUGGAUAAUUGGGAUGAAGAAAAAUUGAGAAACGUUAUCAUGUCUAAACAUGGGAAUCCAAAGACUACUACAGAUAAAGUUUGUAAAUUUUUCAUUGAUGCAGUUGAAAACGGGAAAUACGGAUGGUUUUGGAUUUGUCCAAAUAAUGGGGACAAAUGUAUGUAUAGGCAUUCGUUACCAGAGGGUUUCGUUUUGAAAACAGCAGAACAGAAAAGAUUGGAAAGAGAAGCUCUAGAGAAUCAACCAAAGAUUACAUUAGAAGAAUUUAUUGAAACAGAGAGAGAAAGAUUAUUAGGUAAAAUUGAUAAAUCUAAAUUGACUCCAAUUUCCAUGGAAAAUUUCGCUGUUUGGAAACAGAAUCAUAUCAUUGAAAGGAUUAAUGAAGAAAAUAAAUUAAAGAAGAAAUUAUCAGGUCGUGAAAUUGUUCAAAAAAUGAUGUUAGAUAAUAGUUAUUACGCUAAUGAUAAUGACGAUAAUAAUGAUAAUGAUAAUGAUAACACCAAGACGAAUGAAACUAGUGAGGACAAAGGUUCUGCAUGGGAUUUGACUGAAUUCACCGAUGCAUUAAGAGAAGCUGACCAUAAAGAUGAUCAAGCUAUUAAAGAUUAUGGUGAUGGUUCAAAUCCAACUUUUGAAAUUGCAAAAUCGUCUUCUCCCUCUCCAAUAACUGCUUGA